CAAUAUAAUGUAUAUUGAUGAUCGCAACCUUUAAAACCGGUUGGGUAAUAUUAUUAAGUUCGAAAAAACAAAUGUUAAGGCUUACAUCAAGUUUAGUGCGCGCCAGUGCCAUACUUUUGCAAGACGUGGUCGAAGACUGCGGCUGUAUAGUUAUGAUGCCAUUACGCAAAAAAUAGUUUAAUAAAAAAAAGUGACGUUUAAUUUCGCGGGAAUAAUUAGGUAUUUUUAUAGGGCAUUUAAUUAAUUUUUUUCAAAAUGCAAAAAGUGGCUGUGAUUUUGUUUUUGUUUUCGUUUAUAAAUAAUGCCCUGCUGCAAGGAACCGGGUCCGGUACGAAUGGUAACCUACGGCUGUGCGUGGUGGAAGGCCGAGGGUCGUACAAGAGGACGUUGAAAAACUGCCCAGUGCUGGACAAGGAGUCGUCUGGCGUCGAGUGCGUGUUGGGGACUGACCGCCUGGAUUGUCUCCGGCGCAUCAACAAAGGCACGGUCGACUUCGGCGCCUUCAGCCCUGAGGACCUCAUCGCGGCGCAGUGGGCAGGCGUCGACGUGCUGGUCACUAACGAGCUGCGGUAUCGAUCCAAGCCCUUCGAACGUUCGGUGGUGGCAGUGGUCAACCGCCGGAUAUUGUCGGACGAGCCCAUGCCGGUCCGAGCCCUCCUGAAGAACAGGACCCUAUGCCACCCUGGAUCUGGCGUGGACGAUCUGAGGCCGCUUAGUUUCACUCUUUCUGCGUAUUUGGAGUUCCAAGUGCUUUCCCGGGACUGCCUUGACGAUUUAUCCCUGGCUGAGAACCGGGUCAAAGCAUUGGCCGACUUCUUCGGAAGCUCCUGCAAGGCUGGGGCCUGGGUGGUGGACAAGAACAGAGACGCACAGCUUAAACGCAAGUACUUCUCGCUAUGCGCCGCAUGCGGCUCCUCCUCGUGCAGUGCCAACGACCCUUACUGGGGCAGCUCGGGCGCGCUCGCCUGCCUUGCCGAGGUGGGGGACGUGGCGUGGGGCGAGCUGGUCGACAUCCAGGCUUAUUUCGGGCUAACGGAACCGCGCGGCAAGUCGCUGCGCCCUCCAGCGGAGAAAUACGCGUACCUCUGCCGCGACGGCUCGCACCAGCCGCUGGAGACGCCGGAGCCUUGCGUGUGGCUGCAGCGGCCGUGGCCCGUCAUCGUCGCUAAGAGGCGAGCAUCAGAAGCAGUAGCCAACCUGGCUCUCUCUCUCCACAACAACAACGUCACCGUCGACCCGCACUGGCGCGGAGCCUUGGCGGCUUUACUGGAGAUCCGCUCAGCACAGCCGGAGCCUCUGCAGCCUCCGGUCACACCAGCCGACUACCUGGCCAAGGCUAGAGGGUUCAGAGAGGCUUAUAGCCAGACUGGGUGUGUCCCGCCUAGGCACAUAACCUUUUGCACUACCUCCAACUUGGAGCGCAACAAAUGCGAGUGGCUGAGCGAAGCGGGUGCUGUGUACGGAGUGGCGCCAUCUAUCCAGUGCGCGAUAGCCAACAGCACUAGCGAAUGUAUGAAGGCGGUGGCCAACGGCGAUGCUCACAUCGUGGCUGCGGAUAGCAACUGGCUGAUGAAGGCAGAGAGAGACUACAACUUAACCGCUGUUCUACACGAAGCCACGCCAAUAGUAGACAAAACCCACACAGUUGUUGCGAACGUGCUUACCGAUUCACACAUCAACAAAAUGGCCGAUUUGCGCGGGAAACGAGUCGCUUUUCCCGAAUACGAUGGCGUCGCCUGGCAUUCCGUUCUACGCUACUUGAAAAACAAAGAAGAAUUGUCUUGCGGCGAUUUCAAAGGGUAUUUCAAAGAAAUCUGCGCUCCAGGAGUGAGCCAGAGCGUUAUUGAGCAAGCCAAAGUCUUCACUACGAAUUGCUACGAAGAGGGUCUGAGUGGAGAAAUGCAGGCGCUGAAAGCACUCGUUGAGGGAAAGACCGACGUUGCUUUUAUAAGCAUGGAGACUUACAAAACGUAUAGAGCCAAGCUGAUCUCACAACCAUGGGCAAGCGAACCUCUACAGCUCAAUCCAGUGUGUCCAGAAGACAACCCAAAAUACUGCUUCAUCAGCUGGGCCAACAUUGGCCACAUAUACGCCUCAAAGAACAUUUCAACCAUGCGCCACCAAGAAAUCGUCAACGUAUUCACCAAGCUGGACCAACUGUUUGGCAAACAGUAUCCAUUCCAUAACUCCAUCUUCUCUAUGUAUAGCCCAUUUAAUCAUCAACCAGAUGUCUUAUUCCACAAUAGCACGAAGAAUUUAAUCACCGAUGAUAGUUUAAAGUCACAACCCUACAGCCGGAUUCCGUUGAAUUUCGAACGCAGCCUGUCAAACUCAACUGACAGCUGUCAAGCGGAGGAAAUCGCUAAUUUGAGCGCGAAAAUUCAACCGGGAUUACUGGUAAUGAUGGUCUCUCUAGUCGUUUAUUUAAUAAGUUAAAAGUCAAUACCAAUAUUUUGUAAGAUUAAAAUAAUAACUCGUU